CACGGCUGUAUGUAAACGAGACCAUCCUUACAGAACCGUGCACACGGGCUCCCGACCGCCGUUGUUCUCGCGUUUUCACUUUCCACCUCUCUUGUCUCUCUCCCAUAGGACGGGACCCAUACCUACUACCGCUUAGGUACAGGUACAUAUGAAUGAUAUAAUCAGAUCUCACCAACAAACAACAUACAACCUUACCGCUGUCCCCGACCAGGAAUGCCCUGGGUCCCCCGAGCCGUUAACUUUGCACUUCCGCAGGCUUAUCCUGCGAUCAUCUGCGACUAUUCCCCAUAUUGCGGAAGCCGGCAGGGCUCCAGUGCUGCGAACACCCUUUUCAAGGCCAGCAAUCUGAGCAAAGAUGACUAGUGACUACGGGGCAGAGACGGCAGAGACAGCAUCUUCGCCUGGGCUACCCCAAUCUGGGCUGUAAAUACGGAACAACUAACAAGACUCUGCGCGUAGAAUUACCUCACCUACCCAAUCGCCGUCCUCCAACAACACGCCUCCUUGACCGCAAGUUUCCGGUCGGCGGUAGUCACAAUCCUUCACUUCUUCACUUGGGGCCGUGGGCACGCUGUACUGUACUGGCAGAGCUUCGGCCCACUGGUUGCAUGCCCUAUUGCCCUUCUUGGCACCAUGUUUGAAUCCCUUCUCGCACUCCUACCCUUCACUCCAUACGGCAAAGGCUAUGAACAUGUAUCAGAUCACGACGACUAUCCACAGACUGCAGGUGCUGUCCAUCGUCCCGGAGCGUCAUAUGCUCAUAUACCAGACCAGGACGACCAGACGUUAGCGCGCAUUGGCUAUCAGCCGGAAUUGAAACGAGAAUUUGGCAGAUGGUCAACCCUCUCAUAUGCAAUCUCCAUCUUGGGCGUGCUAGGCUCGCAGCCUGCUACAUAUGGAGUGCCCAUUACUGUCGGAGGUCCGGCGACCGCGGUGUGGGCGUGGUUCAUCGGAUCAUGCAUGGCAUAUAUCAUUGCGAGCUGUGUGGCCGAGCUGGUCUCGGCAUAUCCGACCGCUGGCGGCAUGUACUUUGUACCGGCCAAGAUUGUGCCACAGAAGCAUUUACCCAUAUGGACGUGGAUCAUUGGUUGGUGCAACUUCCUGGGGCAGGCGUGUGGAGUGGCAUCCAUCGCCUAUACGUUGGGACAAAUGAUUCUUGCUAUGAAGAGUAUGAGAUCAGAGCUGGUCGAUGGGGCUUAUGGCUAUUCGCCAAAGCCUUGGCAGAUUGUUCUCAUCGCCAUUGCGAUGCUAUUCGUGUUCGGGUGUAUAUGCUCGCUGACAACAAAAGGCCUCUAUCGAAUGGUCAUCUGGUUCGCGCCCAUCAACAUUUUGGCUACAGUCGGCAUCUGCAUAGCACUUCUGGUCCUGACAGAGGAUAAGCGAGAUGCAAGUUUCGUCUUUACAGACUUCAGAGACGGUUCCGGAUAUGGCUCCAAAGGCUGGUCUUUCUUGCUCGGCUUCCUCAACGUCGCGUGGGUCAUGACCGACUACGACGGAACGACGCAUAUGUCUGAGGAGACGCAUGAUGCCGCCGUCCGUGGUCCGGCUUCGAUCCGUCUCGCUGUGGUCAUCUCCGGAGUUCAAGGCUUCAUCUUGAACGUCGUAUUCACGUUCUGUCUGACCGAGACAUACAUGGACGACAUUGUGGGUUCGCCGACGGGUCUGCCGAUAGCACAGAUCUUCCUGAAUGCCGCUGGCAGAGAUGGCGCAACGAUCAUGCUCUUCUUUGUCAUUCUCAUCCAAUUCUUCACCGGAGCGGCCGCCAUGCUCGCGAAUUCACGCAUGGCAUAUGCCUUUGCGAGAGACGAAGCACUGCCACUCUCUCACAUCUGGAGUCGAGUCAACGCUCAAACGGGAACUCCGGUGUAUGCAGUAUGGUUCGUGGCUGUCUUCUGCGCUUUCCUGAAUCUCAUUGGCAUUGGCUCGACCCUGACCAUUACGGCCAUCUUCAAUCUCUGCGCACCGUGUCUGGACCUCAGCUAUAUUGCUGUACUCAUUGCCCGCUUGGUCUACGAAGAUUCUGAACAGUUUGUGCCAGGACCAUACAAAAUGGGCAACUAUCUCGGCAGAUUCUUGCCCAGCAAGCCUCGUAACAUUGUUGCCAUCUGCUGGGUCUUACUCAUCAGUGUGGUCUUAUUCUGCCCAACCACGAUCCCCGUCACAGCCACCAACAUGAACUAUGCCGUCGCCGUAGCGGCAGCAGUAGCGAUUUUCGCUUUGGCAUGGUGGUUCCUCGGAGCAAACAAGUACUACACGGGACCUCGACUGAAGAACAUUGAAGACAUCACGAUCAAUACCGCAGCAAUCGCUGCGCACUUGGCCGAUCCAUCUACGAUUCCGAACGCAGAACCAUCCAGGAGUCCUCCUUCGUACUCUAGUAGACGACACAGUGGACCCGAGCAGCAUGAUGCAUCAUCAUCUUCGCGGAGAAGUUCGUCGCGAGACGAGACUAAUAUGCGGUACGAUAAGGCCCACAUAGUCUAAGUCCAGCGCGUGGUUUCCCUUUCAGUGGUGUCUGACUUGGGCGAAAGACGAUGUAUUAACUAGUAGCAAUCUGAAUAUUCAUCUGUUGGGAC